GAGCGAAUUAAUUCCAAAGCAAACUGCAAGUAUAAGUCGACUCCCAACUUCGUCAAGAAACCCAUUCAGAACUUAAAAUACACUUAUCCUGAAUGCUUCUCAACUUUUUCCAUCAACAUGUCAAAGAAAUCUCAACACCGAUCUAAUUAAAAUAAUAUUGGUUGACUUGACUGAGUAAAGGGAUCGUAUCUAUCCAGCGAAGAGAGGAGCUCGUACAUACAAGCGCAAUCUAAGCACGCCGUGUAUAAAAUAUAUCACAAUCGGGAGAGAAUGGGGGAGAAACGAAUCGGCGAGCACGGGGGGCUCUUUACCACGAACGCCAAUACAAGUGUGUGUGUGUAUAUAAAUGUGUGCCUUCAAAGGGGAAGAGAAUCGCGGAAGUUCGUCUGCGAGGGUGGCAAAAGCUAUCCCAACGUUUCAGUGUAGUCGUGUGAUGUCUACCGGUCAACGUCGUACGUAUCACAAAUCCACGUUUCAAUACCAUUUACCACGUGAUUUUCAUCCUCUCUGGAUGCGAGAGACAUUGUUUUUCCCAAGGAUUUAUUCAAAAAGUUGGCACCACCCGGAGUGUUUGUAAACAGUCGUGUGUCCCGUUCGUGUUGGGACUGCCUUUGUACCCCAAUUCUAUUGAAAUGUGUUUUAUAAAUUUUUGAAUAACACAAGUUCUCGUGCAUUUUCGCGAUAAAAGUUGCUGUAGCAUGAGACGAAAGUUGUGGAGGUGGGGAACGGGGAUGAGAAAAAUUGAAAAAGCGGUUUCAAGCCAUUGUGAGAAGAGAGAUAUUUGUUGGUCGAUCGCUCUGUUAUGUGACGCUGCCGGGGGGGCGCCACGUCAGUAACAUCGACUGCUGUUUGUAGAUCAAAGCGGUAGAAUCAGUGCGGCGAAUGUUUUCCAGUUCCGAUUAUGGAAAUGAAAUUAUUGAGGGUGGUUUUGCAAGAAAUAGUGGACUGAUAAAACGAUGGUUCGUUCUGUUGACGGGAUAAUCGAUCUUUUGGGGAUUAGGGAAUGGCAUGGACUAUUUACAUACAAGUUAUUAAUCCUGGGAGUCAGGACAUCGCGGCCGGUGAGUAAGCGCUGAUGCGGUGGCGUCAUAUAAACAUAAUACAGCGUGUGAUGAAAUCGGUGAACUCGCCAGUAAGUGAUCGUGCUUCUGAGACAAUAGAUGCUUUGGUGCAGGAUUGAGAGCUUAGACAGUGAAAUGUGUAAAUUUGUUGUGAGCUAAUGAAACCUCCUGGAUGGUGAUGGUUAAAGUUUUAUGUCGAGAGUUCUGGAUGAUGGAAAUAAAGAGUGAAGCUGGUGAUUUCAAGGGGUGAUAUUGAUUCGUGAAUUACGGGCGGUCUUGAGUGCGUGCCAUCCAUUGUUCUGAAAAUGGCGAGGCCAUGUUCAUCUCUGGGAUGACGCAUCAGAUUAUUUUGCGUGGAAGACUUGGAGAGAAAAAUUCCGGGAAAAUGGCCGAACUAUUCACGUUGUCAGCAGUAAACAAUCAUUUCCUGGCGAUUUUUAUGGGAAUUCUCCUGAUUAUUAGCAAACAAAGUACGACCUGGUUAGGAUGAUAAGAACAAUGUUUAAUGAAAUCAGUCGGUGAUGAGCUGGUGUUGAGAUGCGGUUGGCUCAGGGUGUAGCAAUAGCGACGAUAGCCGCUACAGUCGAGGAGGAUUGUGCCAAUAGUGAUGCUCACAGUGGAGAAUACGAUGGUUACGUGACCGACCAUACACCUCUUGGUUCGGAAAUUGAUAUCGAUGAAUCUCAGUAUCGUCGUGAACUCCUUAACGACAGAUGGCGAAUGCUGUUCGACAAGUUCGAUCCAGAGGGUUUUGGCGAGAUACCUCGAGACGAUUUCCUCCGGGCGUUGGCAAGCACCGAAUGGAAAUGCGAAAUACCAGCCAACAAGAGGGAGAUACUGUUGACCCGCGUCAAAGAGUCCUACGUAGAUGCUGUUACGUUUCAAGAUUUCAUCAAUGUGAUGAGUGGCAAGCGAACCAGGAGCUUCAAGUGCGCUGUUCAUCAUCGUGACAGAGAGGUCUGCUCCGAGAAUGACUUUCACCUGCUGAUACAUGAGCCACCGCUGUUUCAUAGGAUGGUCCGCAUGAUCGGCGAUGAAUUCCUCACUGAGGAGCGGGACCGAAAAUAUUAUGCUGAUCACUACACGUGUUGCCCACCUCCGCUAUUCAUUAUCCUCAUUACGCUGGUCGAGCUCGGUUUUUUCACAUACUACACAGUCUCAAUGGGGGAAGUCAAUCCAUCCGGUCCUGUACCCAUUGACAGUGUAUUCAUUUAUCGUCCUGACAAGCGUCUUGAACUCUGGAGGUUCGCAUUCUAUAUGUUUCUCCAUGCUGGAUGGCUCCACCUGCUGUUUAACCUGGGGGUACAGGUGGUCGUGGGACUCCCACUUGAAAUGGUUCACGGGAGCUUCAGAAUUGGCGCUGUAUACAUGGCUGGUGUUCUAGCUGGAUCACUCGGUACUUCAGUCUUUGAUACAGAUGUUUACCUAGUCGGGGCAAGUGGAGGAGUUUACGCACUCCUGGCUGCCCACCUUGCUAAUGUACUACUGAACUACAACAACAUGGAGUUUGGAAUUGUUCGGCUCAUUGGCAUCUUCAUUAUCGCGAGCGCUGACGUUGGUUUUGCAAUCUACGACAGGUAUGCGGCUGAACAGAUGGGCCCACCUGUCUCCUACGUGGCACACCUGACGGGUGCACUGGCCGGUCUGACAAUUGGCCUCCUCGUGCUUAAAAAUUUUGAGCAACGCCUGCCUGAGCAACUACUCUGGUGGGUUGCACUUGGUGUUUACGCAGCUUGCACAAUAUUCGCUGUUAUGUACAAUCUCAUGCAUCCGGAUUAUCCAUGACGUGAGGUUAGCUUCGCGUAUGGCGUACCAAGGCAUACGUAACGCGAAGCUACAUGGAAAAUGUCAAAUAAUUGGUCUUCUCCAGCGGUGUCCAGUGGACACAUUGAUGUGGAGAUUUAAAGCCAAAUAAUUAGUCUCUCGAGUUAUGGAGAGGCUGGGGAUCAUGACGAUUGGUGAUGAUAACGAUGAUGGAGUGGCUAGAGAAUUCUAAAAUAUUUGAGAACAAGUACCAAAGAGACAUCCAAGGACGAGAGCCAAGUGAUGAAGGUAAAUUGAGGGGGCGGCGGAAGGAGCAACAAAGAUGUAACAAAAUGUAUGUAAGAGCGGUCGAGUGUUCUCACGGAGAAAUGACAAUUGGUCGCUUGGUUGAGUCUGCGCGGGCUGGUCCGGCAGCACUACCAAGUCUCACUCGUUUACAAGUGACACACAAUGUACCCGGGAGGAAAUAAAAAAAAAAUGGCGAAGAAAAGGAAGAACUCGAUGUGAAUGGGAAGGAGGUCCAGGGGGGAAGGCGAGUGGCAAGUGAAUAAAUCUUUCGGAAUAGUUGCGAGAAUAAACUGAAAACACACUCGGGUACCGCGGGCCGACAAAUUGGAAUAUACGAGUAAAUCGAGAAAACGAAUUCAAUUUCUUUUCCAUUUCUGCUGGGGGAAAAUUCAUUGAAUUCAUCUUCAACUCGUAGGUAUAUUCUCAAACCCCCAGGACCAUUCACUCAUUUUCGUACAUGAAAAAUAACGGCGGUUUCGCGAAAGGGUGCAUUGUUGUGUAUGCGUAUGUGUUUAAGUGUGUAUGUGUGUACGUGUCCAUUUUUUUUCUGUCAUUGGAAGAUGCCCACACGACCCUCGAUACUAAAAGACUGAAUUUUCUCACGAAAUUGAUUUAAUUAAUGGUAUAUGUGCGCAACUCUUUGUUCAACAGUCAAUCUCAAUGAACGUUCUGUGUUAUAAAACCAACGGUCGGUGAAAAAAAAAACAACAAUGUUCCUUUUAUGUUUUUCUCUUUGCUUUGAUUUUUUUUAUUUGUUCUCCCUUGAGAGGAGGGAAAUAUAUAGGUAAAAAUCGGUUGUCCCCUUCCACGAAAGGAGAGAUCAAUAUUCAUACGAUUAAUUUUUACGAAUACAACAGUGCACACCAUGUAAAUAAGAAAUGUAUAGUUAUAAUUGAAGAGAAGAUUUUUCUCUGUGUGUGUGUGUGACUGGGGAAAGUGAUUGGGAUGAGUGAAAACGAUAUUAUUUAGAGUGAGAAAAGGUGAACCCAAAUGAUGACGAAUCGGGGGACCGUGUGUUAUGUAUUCCUUUAUCGUUGCGUAACUUCCCAUGGGAAUCAUCGUCGCGUGGCGACGAUAGUCUUAUUCUUUUUUUUUUUCAUUGUUUUUCUCUGUGACCGUGUGCUAGAGUCGAGAUUACCGACGACAUUUGUAACGGCAUUAUUAACGGACACUGACGUACACAAUGCUACAAUAUACAUCACUGUCCUUGAGGGAAUAAUAUUCCCUCUAUUAUUAUUUGAUUUGUUAUUUUUUCCAUUGAUUUUCGUUAUGCGCUGGCAGUUGCGGUAAACAAACCCCCAACAAUUCAAAAACAAAAACCAUAUUUCCUCCGCAGGUUUCAUACAGACUUCCCUUUGGCUAUCAUUUUUCUCCAACUUUUGUUCGUUUCACUAGUAGUGUACACAGGGAGAGAGAAAAGCUGAACAAAUUUGAAACGUUCAAUGUUUUUUUUUUGCAUUAUUGUGCUGUUCAAUUUAUGUCCCUCAGUAAGUUGUGGAGUCUCGUUGGUUUACGAUAUUUAUUUAAAGUACUCCUAAUAAUUUUUCGUCAUCAAGUACUGAAUUUAUUCGUUGCAUAGUGGACUUACAUUAUAAACUAAACAUUCCGAAACAAUAUAAAACUAAACCCAGUCAUGAAAAGAGUUAUAGUGUAAUAUAAUAUAAUAUGAUUUACAAUUAGCCUGAAAUUCCGAAGCCUGGUGGCUGUAACUGGCACAGAAAGAGCGAACAAAAAAUGCGAGAGAGGAUGGUUAGUAAUGACUAAUACGAGUGAGAAAUAAAUUACAUUCGCGAGUGGAUCCCAAUGGGAAAGGGAGUGAUAUCUACACGAAGGGAAAUAUUGAGUAAAAAUUACAUAUCCUUCAGCUAGAAUACCGUAUCGAAAUUUUUUUAAUAUCGCCCAAUUUUUCCUUAUAAUGGAAAUGGCGUAGAUUUUGCCCAAAUAUUGCCAAAAACCCAUUUUCAGUGUCAUCAGUGAAUGAACUGAAUUCCGUAAUUUUUACUAAUAAUUUCUCGCCGUGUCUGUGUUUUCAUUCACGUAUUUGCUCUCACAGGAUCAAUCAGUGAAUGAACACGCGAAUAAGAGGGCACGAUUGGGGGGAGGAUAAAAAAAUAGAGGGUGAAGGCAGGUUAAAGGAGAAUUGCUAAGGUGGUUAGACUGAAGUUGGGAUGUGGCAGGGAGGUUUAGCGGCUUAACUUGCUAAGUAAAACGGAAGUGAGUAAAUGAGAGUGAUGAACGAUGCUAGUCAAUUAGUACCGACGACGAAGGGUGAGUGAGUGAGGGAGGAGAUGUGCUCCUCAUCGCUUCUUCUUCAACGAAACUUAAGGUAUCGCCGACGUAAUCUACUUGGAACUUUUCGAUGAAAAUGAGGAGCUAGAGUGGUUUGUAUGAUGAGAUGCGGUAUGUGUAUAUACACACCGGAGGGUUAAGCAAAAAUAAAGUAAAAGAGGUUUUUGUAGAAACUCGUGGUGAGGCGGGUGAGAGAGAGGAGGGAAGGGAAUUGGUAGAAAGCGGAAGAGAACAGCGGUGAACAAGUUCCGACUGUGUGAGCGCUCCCGAGUAAUUACGCGUGAAUAAUUAAAUCUCAACCGCGCUUAAACGAAACAAGAGUUGAAGUACUGGGACAACGCUUCAAGUAUCCUAGUUAGAGAUCUCCCCUACGUAACAACGAAAACCAAAUUUUCAAGAUGAGGGAGAGGUGUAUCAACUGCCGAGUUGGUUUAUUUUGUAAAUCACAAUUUGUUCUGAUCCAGUGGAAUAAAAAUUACAAAUGGAAUUUUGCAUGAGAAUUUUUUAAUACUCGAUAUGGGAGUUGAAUUGAAAUUGUUAGAUACAUAUUUUGUUGUUUUAUGAUAUUGUACUAAAAGCCGUGCAUAUAAAAAAAUGUCAGGGCAAAAUGAAAAAAAUACGUGUCUAAUAUUUUUCAUCAAACUUUUUUAUUGUAUCGGGGUUUUCAAAUUAAAAAAUCAUGCAGCAACCCAAUUUGAUUUGUGAGGUUUCCUCUCGUUUUUCUAUAACUUUUCAUUGGAAAUGAACGAACAAUGUAUUGAUUGACAACAGUAUUUUUAUUCUCAUCGGUACGAUAUGUCAAAGAGGAAUGUGCGAGUCAUACCUUGAGUGCUAUUGAAUAUUAUUUUGUAUUAUCAUUAUGUAAGAUGAGCGUCACAAAUUUCCCUCACCGUAAAUAAGUUUAAAAUGGGUAAUUUUUCUAUACUAAUUGUGACUAUUGUGUUAUUAUUUGUUACUAUUAUGAAUUAUUAUUGUACAAUGAACAGACAGAAACUGUUUGUAAGUGUACUGGAAGAGUAUGUUUUGUAUAUUUGCGUGUGAAAUGAAAAACCAACUACCACGGGAUAAUAUUUAUUUUUCAUUAGGUUAUUUAUUAAAUAUUGUCACGUACAGAGUCAACGGACAGUUAACGCUUGUUUGUGACUGAAAAUCCUCUAUUUCAGAGUCCUCCCCCCCCCACUGCCCCAUUUUUUUCCUCCUCCUGAUAAUAUCACCAGUUGUUAUUAUCCGCGUGUAAAAUAGAUCAUCUCAUUGGAAUGAUAAUAAAAAAGAACGAAAAACGAAUGAUAAAACGAAUUCCCAUGUAAGACUCACCUGAUGUUCAUGUAUAUAAGAAUAUGUAUAUUGUAUAAUGGGUGGUUCGUGAUAAAAAUCGUCAAUGUUAAAAGUACAACUGUAUGUCGCAUGAGGAAAUAUGGAGGGGAUCGAUAUAGUUUUACGCGCACGAAGACACAGGAGUUAAAGCCAAACGAAAGGGGUAGCGUGCGAGUGCGAAAUAUUGACGAUAAAUUGGCCAACGCCCCCUCCCAACCCUUCACCAUUCUUCCCUCCCGUGUCAUCCGGAGUUUUUCAGCGAAAAAAAAAGAAAUGAAACAAUUUUUUUUCCCCUCUUUUUUAUAGUUCCGGGACAGUCGGUCAAUUGUCUGUGUACGAGCGAAUAAUUUCUACCGAUCGAGUUUUUACGUUUUUUGUGGAAAAAAUUUAUCGUCCAUCAUUUCCUGUUACUUUUUUAAUAUUUUUUUUUUUCGUCGAUUUUACUUCCUUUGUUUUUUGAAAAACAUACUUUUUUUCAAUUCUCUUUUUCGCACUCGCACUGCACUUCCAGCGGUAUGAAAGGCUGAUUGUGUGUGUAGGGUUGGAACUGUACGCUUCUCCAUUACUCCAAAGGUGUAUUCGAGUAGGCUCAAAUCCACAAGGGGACUAUUCGCAUCCACUGACAACGAGAGUAAAAUAAAAGAAUGCAUUGCGAACACAUGCGAACCCUGAUUAAAAGGAAAUUUAAAGCUGCAAUGAAUUCUUUAAAUUUACUCCCGUUAUCAGCAGAAUUUUUCACGUUAUUUUUGCGUCAUAAAUUCUCAUUUUUAAGUACUCUUGCUCUUUUUUCUUUUCAAGACUGUGAAUAUUACAGAUUUUAUUGCGAUUUUUUAUGGCAAAAUAAUUCCAUGUGUAAUUGUAUAUAAAGUGUUGUACGUGUACAGUUGCGCAUCCGUAUGGAAAAGAAUAUUACGAUAAUAAUUUAUAUUAUAUACGGUCAGUCAGAUAUGAGAUAAUCCACAAGCCAAAGAAGUGGAGCUAGUAAAAUCUAUCAAUGAUGAAUGAAAAAAAUAUGUUACGAUAAUAUAAAUGCAAAGAGAACAGAACAAGAAAUCCUCGCUAGUUGUAACUCGAGUGGUUGUAAAUGCGUCGUUGAUUUAAGAAUUAUCGUAAGCCAAUUUCAUCAUUAAAUUGAGAGUAUUUCAGUAAGAGAUUAAAAAAAGCAAUCAAUACAUGAAUUAUUUAUUAUUUAAUUAAUAAAAAAAAUGAAAAUUUGUUUUGUAAAGGAUCAUGUUUCCUUCGAAGAAUGUGAAAUGAAGAUAUUCAGUGUAUAAAAAACACUUUAAAAAAUAAAAGAAAACUAUGAAUUUGAA